AUGGAGGAGUGCGUGGCGGAGCGGCUCCGUGGCGCAUUGGGCCCCUUCGGCUUCGAGGUGCACGCCUUCAAGGUUGGAUGGUACAAUGCUGUUCUCCAGCCAGCCUUUCAUCUUCCCUACCCAGAUGACACACUGGCCUUUGUGGUUCUCAGCACACCUUCGAUGUUUGAUAAAGCCCUUAAACCUUUUAUCAACAAAGAACGGUUAAAAAUUAUCAGGGAUCCUGUGGAUCAGUGUGUUUCUCAUCAUUUGUCACGUCUGAAGGAGAAAUUCCCUGACCAGAAGGUGGACAUCAUCUUUGAUUAUGAGAUUCUGCCAAGCCGAAAGCCCAAGUUCUUGGCACAGACAGCUGCCCAUGUUGCUGGAGCUGCAUAUUACUACCAAAGGAAGGAUGUGAAGCUUGAUCCUUGGGGGAAUAAGAAGAUCUAUGGCGUAUGUAUUCAUCCCAAGUACGGCGGUUGGUUUGCUAUCCGGGGUCUUUUGCUCUUCCCAGAUAUUCAGGUACUGUUGCUGAAACAGUCUGCCCCUAUUGACUGUGUGAGCACAGAGGAGAAAAGAAUUGAGUUACUGGAGCAGUUCAAUUUCCACUGGAAGGAUGGCCGCUACAGGGACAUAAUUGAAGUGAAGGAAAGGUAUUCAGAGGAACAAAAAGCCUACUUUGCCACUCCUCCAGCAGAGAGAUUCAGAUUGCUAGGGCUGACACAUGAAGCCCAGAGAAACACAUUUCACUGAGUAACAUGGCUCCAUGAAGGGGAGCAGAGGGCAAGCAGAGUGUAACUCAUCAUCACCUUUGCCUCAGUGCUGAGGAGAAUAGCAUACUGAUACAGAGGUGGCAAAUCCAAGCAGUCUCAAUCCAAACGUCAUCAUCUCGGAGUAAGAGGGAGCAGUGCAUCAGAGUACUUGUCAUGUGGAGGAAGGUGGGAGAAGUCUGUUCUGUUUGAUGAAGCUUUUGGGAGUAUGGUAAGAUGCCAAUGAGCCUUUGGUUGGGAAAAAGUUCAGACACCCUGGCAACUGGAAAAACGUUGCUGCUCAUCAGAGAAGUAAUUUUUGUUCCCCAGAAUUUUGGGUUUAUUUUGUGUAAGAGUAAAAAGGUUAAUUUUCAGUCAUUGUACUCCAAAGUAUUUUAUUUUCCAUCUGAACUCAGGGCAGAUACUUUUUUAGAUGUAUCCUGCAUUUUAUUAUCAUGUGUCGUAACUCUCCCUAGGGAAAAAGUGUUAAAGCUUUUCAGUCUUGCCUUCUUCAGAAAGAAAAUUUGCCUUGUAUUCCUUCACUUGCAGUGAAGCUGGUUUAAUUUAUUUAAGAAGUCUUUAAUUGCAUCCUUUCCUUAACAUCCAAAAGAAAGUCCCAAAGAUUGUUUCACUAAGUAGUGUGGUCCGGUCUGUGGAGCAGGAACGAGGAAAACAGCCAGCAGCAGCCACCUCCUUCAGUUAUCAGAGGGACAGUACAAAGGUCACAGCUGAACCUGCUGUUUCCUUUUUGCUCAGGGUCAGCUUCUCGAAGUAAGGUGAUGUCUUUAGAUCAGUUUUAAGCAUUUAUCCAUUUUAUAGAGCAGCCAACUAAAAUCUUUGGGAAAAUAUCUAUGUGGUUAUUUUACUCAUGUUAAGAUAACUGACCGCAAAAGAUAAGUAGAUGAGGCUUGUAUUUAAAAUAUUUUUCAGUGCCAUGCCAGCACAGGCCACCCCACCCACUAGUGUUAAUACCAUAGUUUCCUGUUGUACUUUCUGUAAGGGGGAGAUUGUAAACCUGCAGGCACAUAAAAACCACUACAUGAAGCAUUGUCACACGCAAGGCAGAGAGCAGAGGACAAAAAAGAGAGAAAAUAAUCAUGACGUUGUUACUAAUGUUUCUGUCUGAAGAUGUUUUAUGCAGCGUAACUUUCAGAUGAUUUAGUCUUGGUAGAUUUGUUCAGAGGUUACAAUGGUACUGUGAAUCAGGAAUUAAUUUAUCUUGGAGCACUUUGAUGCUCAGGCCUCAUUAAAAUAAGGUAUAAUAAAUUAAACCAGUAUUUCAUGGGAGUUCAGUUUCUCAACUGUGGUGCAGUGCUGCAAAUCACUAAGCAGUUUUCCCUUUUCCAUGAUAGCAAAAUGAUGAUGCAAAAAUGCUCACUUUGCAGCACUGAGCCCUUUACAUUUUGUGUUGUGAUUCUUCAUGCUUUUUGAAGACUCAAGCACUAAGUUUGCCCUCACAAUAAGUCACUGCUUGAUACAGUUUUUCAUACUCUAUGUACUAAGUAUAAUCAAAAUCCAUUGCAAUGAGUUUGUUUUCCUGUAUGAGGAACAGUGAGCAUGUGAUCACUGGGUUAGUUCAGUGUGUUUGCUAUUACAAAAAAGUCUUUGUUGCUUUCCAUGCUUUGUCCACCACAUCUGAUUAAGGCAGACACCUGACUUAUUGUGGUACUGUGAUCUUCAAUUUAAGCAAAAUGAUGACAUUUUAAAAAAUUCUGUUUGUUAUAGAAUUACUUCUGGUUGAAAUGCUACUCGAUAUUCCAGAGCUUUCCAACUGAACUGUAAUUUGACAGGGAUUUAAAUUAUUAGUAACAUAUACAAAAGACUGAUUCUCUUAGAAGGAUAAAUACAGAAUGGAAUCAGAUUUAUAUUUUUACAUUAAUUUUAUAUACAUAAGUAACAGUAAAAUAUUUUGCUG